GUUCAUAUUCAGGAAGGGAUGAUGUUGUUGUUGUUGAGGAUGGAGGUGGAACUAGGGAGGCUCAUUCGCCUGGGAAAGAUGAACUCUUUGGGAAAUUCUUUGGUGCACUUGAAAAGAUUCAUUACUUUAGAAGGAUGUCUGAAGGUACUGAUGACCAGGGACAGCUCGAGGACAACACAUUUAUUUCAUAAUGCCGUGAAGGAAAUGGAAGAAACAGGAUGUCAAACAUUUGAUCAGAAUAUGCUGGCAGAGACCUUUAAAUCACAGGGUAACAAGCUCGUGCAGUCUAAACGCUACGAUGAAGCAGUUGAGUUGUAUACUUUUGCUGUUGCUCUAUGUGAAGCCAAUGCGGUUUACUAUUGCAACACAAGGCUUAUAGUCGUGUGGGAUUUGCUUAUUACUCUCAAGGGAGGUAUAGCCCAUGUGAUGGAUCCUAAUAAUACAUCGAUAAAGGCGAAUGUUCGGGUUGCUAUACAAAAACUGAAUGAAGACGGUCAGGCAACCGGGUCCAUUUUGGUUGCCUUUUGUAUUUUGCCUUUGUUGCGUAGAUUCAAGGAUUCAUUGGUUUGUUUCGCGGAUGGAUCUACUGCGCGUGCAGCUCAGGGAAGCUUCUUUAGCUGCUGCUGCCUUUACUGUGUCUCAAAAUCUUGCACAACUGCUGCUUCACUUGAAAGGUUAAUCAAAAAGGUGAUUUUAUUAUUGGGUAGAACUGCUGUUAAGAUUGUUUGCAAAUCGUAUAAGCCAGAAAAAUCAGAAGGUGUUUAUUAA